AUGCUACAACUGAAAUUCAUAUGGCCAGUGGCCAGAAUCACACCUAUUUAUAGGCCAUUUACCAGUCAUCCAUUCAGAAAUUUAGCUACUUCCUCAAGCAUCAGUAGUACAAAAGCUAAGACUACUAAGACAGAUACAACUCCACUAAAAUUAUCAAAUGAACUAUAUGCAAUAUUCAAGAUUCAUAAUCGUCCAUAUUUGGUGACCGAGGGCGACAGAGUUAUUCUUCCAUUCAAAUUGAAGCAAGCGGAGGUGGGUGACAUUUUAAACAUGACCGAUGUAACAACUUUAGGAUCUAGAAACUACAAGCUAGUUGGUCAUCCAAUCAAUACUUCUCUGUAUACUUUAAAAGCAACCGUUGUUGGGAAAACUAAAAGGGCUUUCCAAACUAGGGAGGUAACGAAGAGAAGAAAUAGACGGGUCCGUCAUGCAAAGAGUAAAGGUGAUUUGACAAUCUUAAGAAUAUCAGAACUGAGUAUGAACUGA